AUGAACAGGGGGAUGCCUGUAGUUUCCGUGGAUCAGGCAACGGAAUGGGUUGGCAGGACCACCUACGGUCAGCUAAACAGCAGAGAGGUCAAGGUCGAGUUGAAUGACGAUAGGAUGAAAGUUUUUAUCUCUAAUGUCAGUGGACAGGUCAUACGUUUGCUGGAUCUCAGACGUAAAUCCGACGGUGAUGGAAGCAAGCGCAAAGCUUCGGCUACUCGGUCGAGCGACAAGGGAAAUAAACUCAUGAUGCUGGCCAUCCCAGGGGAGAUAGAUCUAGUCCUCUAUUUUUCAUCUCAACAAGAAAGAGAUAGUGCUUUCAAUAAGUUGUUUGAGUUUUUUCAAAAACAUGGAUGGGAUUAUAGCCCAACUCCAAAUUUGGCUGAACAUGUGAUGUGGAGGGAGGCCUUAACAAUAGAUCAGAGAAAAGAAGUUUUGGCCAGAUUUUUUAAAAGUGUUUUAAAUGAGUUAUCCGGAGGGGACAUGAGAACUAACAUCAACCCUGAUCAAACUGAGGAAGUUCUGUCCACUAGACUCACCAGAACUGAAUUUGCUGAUGCCCUUGGCCUUCAGCCCCACUCGUUGUUUGUCAGGAACAUGUUCUUGUUGGUGGACUCGUCAGGAGAUGGAUUUGUUUCAUUUGAGGAGUUUAAAGCUUAUUUUGGUAUUUUAUCUUCAGGUAAACCAGAAGAUAAGGCUCGAAUGUUCUUUAAAAUGUUUGACACCAACAGACAAGGAAAGUUAUCAAAGGAAAACUAUAAGAAAAUGAUUAGAUCUCUGUUGGAGCUUAAUGAAGCAACAGAUACGAAAGCACUAGAUAUAAACAGUAUGGUGGACACAGUCUUUCAACAAGCUGGCAAGCAUGACGAGGGUUACCUGACCUUUGAAGACUUUAAAAAUAUUAUGUUCUCUGGCAAUGAUGGCUUGUGGAAGUCAGCAGUAUUGACCUUAGAAGUUGGUGGAGGUGUGGCAAAACUAGGCAAACACAGGAGCACAGUGAGGGAUAGAGCAAAAUCUUUUAUUGAGGGAUAUGAAACGGUUGUUAGAUCUAGUAUGGCUCCUGCUGCAAAUCAAAGAGUCAGGUUGACAUCUAAAAAUGAAACAGCUCCAAAGACAAAGACUGGGAUGUUUCUCCGCACACUCACCCGCUAUGUCAGCAACCACAACAGACAAAUAUUCUGGGUGACUCUCUACACACUGGUGACUUUGGGAAUAUUUAUUGAAAGAGCUUUAUAUUAUUCUUUUGAGCGUGAACAUGCUGGCCUGAGACGUAUGGCAGGCUACGGAGUCUCUGUGACCAGAGGUGCAGCCAGUGCCCAAAUGUUUACCUACUCCAGUCUCCUGGUCACCAUGAGUAAAAACACCUUAACAUUCUUCAGGGAAACAUUCGUACACAGGUACAUACCUUUUGAUAAUGCACAUGACAUGCACAUUUUUAUAGCAGCACUGGCUGUUUUAUUUACAGUGAUACAUGUGAUUGGUCAUGUGAUCAACUUCUAUCACAUUGCAACCCAGCCCUCUUCUGACCUUAACUGCUACUUCACUGAGUUUUUCAGACCAACUCACGUUUUAGCAAGUUUCCAAUACUGGACCUAUCAAACUAUAACAGGUCUAACAGGCGUUGCCUUGGUUUUUGUAAUUGUUGUGAUGUAUGUUUUUGCCAUGCCAUAUGCCAGGCGGAAUGUCUUCAAGUAUUUUAGGGCAACACAUAAUCUGUACAUUGUGAUCUACAUCCUGCUAUUUCUUCAUGGCCAUGCUCGUCUGGUACAAGUACCACUUUGGCCAAAUUAUUUCCUUGGGCCAAUGGUUCUAUUUGUCUUGGACAAACUGGUAUCAGUCAGCAGAAACAAAGUUCUUCUGCCCAUCCACAAGGCAGUUCUACUUCCAUCUGGUGUGAUAAAUAUAAUAAUCAAGAGACCCCUGGGUUUCAACUACCAGUCUGGGCAAUGGGUCAGGAUAGCCAUUCCACAGCUAGGCAAGGGAGAGUACCACCCCUUCACACUAACAUCCGCCCCACAUGAAGAAAACAUCAGCUUACACUUCAGAGCUGUUGGGCCAUGGACCAAUAAUUUAAGGCAGUUGUUUGAUCCUAACAAUCCUAAUAAAGUCAACUUUCCAAAGGCUUAUAUAGAUGGACCAUUUGGUGAAAGCCACCAAGACUGGUUUAGAUUUCCUGUCUCUGUGUUGGUGGGGGGAGGGAUUGGAGUCACACCUUUUGCCUCCAUCCUUAAAGACAUUGCUCAUAGAGCCAAGGAUGUCAGCACCAGGAUACCAUGUCAGAAGGUUUACUUUGUGUGGGUGACAAGAACCCAGCAGAGUUUUGAGUGGAUGACUGAGAUCAUCAGACAAGUUGAGGCUGCAGACACUCAAGGAUUUGUUGAUGUCCAGAUUUGUAUCACACAGCUCAAGGAAAAGUUUGACCUUAGGACCACCAUGUUGUAUAUAUGUGAGCGCCACUUCCAGAAAAUUGCUGGUGUGAGUAUGUUUACUGGUCUUAGAGCAAAAACACAUUUUGGCCGUCCAAAGUUUCAAGACUUUUUUGAAGCCAUCAAAUUUGUGCAUAAAAAUGUCCACCAGAUAGGUGUCUUUAGCUGUGGCCCUCCUUCUAUGACAAGAAAUGUUCAGCAAGCUUGCACAGAAAACAACUCCUACACCGGCCCUUCACUGAUCCACUACUUUGAAAACUUUUAAAAUCUGAUUGGUUACACAGAUUUCAAUGUCCACAGCAAUAGAGAUCUGGUUAAAAGCAAAUUUUAAUAUAAUUUUUGUUUGAAUUUCACAUUUUGAUUGCAAAUCUCUUAAACAGUUCUUUUAAAACUCUUAAAAUUUGUAUUGUUUACAAAAUGAGGCCUAGUUUUAUAACAUGGCUUUAAAUAUUUUUUAAGUUUGAUCUUAUAAAAUAUUGUAUAUCUAUAUCAAAUUAAUCAUUUGAAAGACUUAAUAUUUAGGAUAUUUUGGAAAGGGUAUUUUUAGAUCAACUCCAGUAUUUUGCAAAUAUUUUAUAAAAAUGUAAGUUUUUUACUUUUAGUUUGUGUUCUAAAAUUAUAAUGCCAGUUACAUAUUAAAUAUUUAAAAAGUAUAAUACUCAUUUGUGCUUUUUACAAGCUUUUAUUUAACUCACUUCCUCUGUCGUCAGUCGUCAGUCUGUCGAUAGUCUAGAUCGAAACGUAGGAGUGAAAAUUCGGACAGUUCUACUUGACCGAUACGAUUCACAGUUGGCACGUGGGUCAAGACAUGAAGACAAUGCAAUCUGAAACUAAAUUUGACUUAAUUGGAUGCCUAAUUAAUUUUUUAUGAAUUAAUUAAAAUUUGGACCGAAUUAGUUGGCAUGUCUAUCCAACCACACCACACGCGUCAUCACUUUCAAUGACAAUAGCUGCGCCAUCAGGUUUAAUAGCUGUGCCAUCACGUUCAAUAGACGCGCAAUGGUUUUUAGACAUGUAACACUAUUGUAAAUAAAACAUGUAAAGUACUGAACAUACAUUUCAUAAAAAAACGUUUUAACAACAAGCUUUUAUGUAAUGAUGCACUAAAAAGUA